UUUGCAAGCAUUCAGGAUUUAUAUUUCAACCGGUGCCAAUACUCUAUUACUAAAUACAUUUAUAUAUUUUUAAUUUUUAUUUAUAAAAUAGCAGUAUUAUGAUUAAUUCAUUUAAAAAUAUGAAACUUCUUCUAUUUUUUUCUUUAUUGGUACACGUGUGCAAGGGCGACGGAGACAGUGUGUCAAAUGGAUUAUACAAUGAAUUGCCUUGCUUAUCUGUCGGCGGUAAAUGUGUACGAAAGUUGGAUUGUCCAGAGGUGAGACGGUCUCAAAUAAGCGGAUUGUGCCCAGUACAGCAACAAGACGAUCAUCAAGUCGAAUGUUGUUACUCAGCCAAUAAACAAUAUACAGAAUCCGUGAAGACUUGCAAACGAAGCGGCGGUGAAUGUGUGUCCAAGAGCAUACAGUGUCCCGAAUAUCUUUUAAAUCGGGGUGUUUCUGAUUGUUUGGAAGAUGAAAAAUGUUGUAUAUUCACUAAAUAAAUAAUUUAAAAUAAUUGUGUAUUAAUAUCAUAUUUUUUAUUAACUGAUCAAUAGUUAAACACGAGUAUAGUAAAUUUUUUAUGAAAGUUAGAAUGGCAAACAAGCUGGCGGUCCACCUGAUGAAAAGUGGUAACCGUCGUCUAUAGACAGUACUAUGAGAAUAACAGAGUAUACUGUGCUGCCCAUGAUGUCAUAUUGGCAUUUCUGAGAACUAAGGUGUUUUUUUUUUUGAUGGGUGAAAAUGUUAUGGUAACUCCACCUGCGCUAACGGGAUACGCUGGCGGAGCACCAGUGAAGGGUAAUAGAUGAGAAUGAAAACAGGGCAGUUAGCCCAUCAUAAUGAAUACAUCAGCAA